AUGGAUGGCGAUGGGAGUGGUGGCAACGGAGACUCCAGCAAAGCUUUUGAAAUGGAGGUCACGUACUGGCAUGUGCAAGGACGCAGGCACUUGGCUUUUGAAGAUGAACUGAAAGCAAGAGUGGCCGUACGAGGUUUCUUCAGCACCUGCAUGAAUCCCUUUCGACAUGAUGUCUAUGAUGAGUUCGGCGAUGCCACACCGAUUGCGCAAUCAGAGUGCCCGGAGUACAUCGUGGAACCCUACGGGUUUAUCGUCUUAGUCGAAAGCGGUGUCCGCGCAGAGGCUUUGACCUGUCGUUUUAUCGCCGACACACAUUUCGUGAUGAACGUGACGUCAUCAUUGCUGUUGGGUGUCAAGCCGAUCGUUCACAUACUCAUGCCCCCGGAGGAGCCAGACGAAUUGAAUGACCAGAGCAACAACGACCUCACAGGCACAUCUCCGUUAGCCCACCUUUUGCAGGGCCUGAAGCACUUGAAACAGGAGAAACUUCAAGAGUUCAAGCUCCUCGUCCAAGACCCAGAUGGAGCAGGUGUGGGAACCACAGUGCCGAAUGAAGAGAGUCUUCACAUCAGUACCAGUCUAACGUAUGUAUUGGAUCGACGUGGCUCUGACAAAGCCAAGUGGAGGAUACCUUUCUCGAUCCCCUCUCCCAAGAACUUGGUCCGGAUCAUGCUGCCCAACGUUUGGCAAAUCACCGAAAUCCUCCAGACCAAUGCCUCAAGCUACGAGCUCUAUGUGGAGGCUGAGGCCCACAUUGACGCUCCAGUUGACAAAGAUUUUCGCGUUUGGUGCGUGGGGGCUGCCAGCCGGCCAAGUCUCGAAGAGAUGGAGGAGGAGAGAAGAAGCAACAGCCCAUCCAGUGCAGCACAGGAGGAUGCGCCGAAGAGAAGAAGUUGCCAGAGCAGCCGCAAGUUACAGGUGCUGAACCUUUGUGGCGUGCCCACCGAGGUAUGGUUUGAAAAAGGUAGCAAGGAUCGGCUUCACAAGAAGGUCUUGGAAAAGGAUCCAAAGCCAAUGACCAUCGAAGUGCCAAUCAACUCUGCGCUGUGUGUGGGCCUUCAGCAGGUGGACCUUUACAAGAGCGGCAAAGCAAGACCCAACCUCAGCAGCUUUGGGCGCUGCGGAGCGCCACUGUACGCGCUGCAGGGCAUCAUGUCCUCGACGCGAGCGGAUCAGGUGCAAUGCUGCCUCACCGCCUCCCUGUCCAUCGGUCAGCAAGGACAAGCACUCUUGGAGCUGUUGCCUCCCUUGGAGCUUCAGAAUGCUACGCAGCUUCCUCUUCGCUUGCAUCUCUACCCGCCUUACGGCAACGAGUCGGUGGUCAGUCAGAUGGGCAUUCUUGGCUUCACCCGCUCCUCCGCAGCGUUGGCGACGCAAAAAUUGGAAGCCAAGGAAGCGGUGGUGCCACCAGGCGGAACCUUCCAGGUUCCACUGCACAUGCUUUACUCUGGCAGCGGGCAGAACAGUGGGUUUGGAAAGCACUUUUGGCAGGUGGUGGCAGAGGCAAUCUCACCACCGCAAAACCAGUGCUCGCUGACCUUUGCCUUUCCGCUAGGCGGCUCAAUUCUUCGUUCGGGUCGAGAGGAGUUGGAGCUUAGAAGGUCCUUAGGAUUGGCCCUUGAAACCACAAGCAUCACAGGCUCGGACCCCCAGAAGACCACCCUUCAGCGCUUUACGCUAUUGCUUCUGCCUGGUCUUCGCAUCGUGAACUCCCUGCCGGUGAAGCUCCGCGCCAUGUUGAAACGUGACCUGCUGGCAGAUGAGGCCUGUGACUUGGAACCAGGAGGCAUUGGAGACUUCGGGCGGUCACCCUUUCAGUGUGAGCUGUUCCUGUCGGUGGACGGGGAGGAGCCACAAAGCUUAAAAAAGCAGAUGCCGACGCUUGCGGAAGCGCUGAGCUGUCGCAGUAAAUUCAAGGAAUUGAAGGUGGACCAGCUCCAACUCUCGUCGAACCUUCUGUGCUCCCUGCAAUGCUCCUGGCAACCCGGUGCUGGUCCUGAAAUUGUCAUCACUGGAAAGUGCCUGGUGUUCAACAAGACGGGUUUGCUGCUUCAAGUCUCGGAUCGUGAACUGCUGGAUGCCCCACUGGCACCAGGACAUGCAGCGGUCUUGGCACCAGAGGGUGAAGUUCGCAUUGGUCUUGGUACUUCACAGUCGCAGGCUGGAAAACAAAAGCUCACCGCCGCGCUGCCAGAGAGAUCUCAAGACCUCGAACUUCGAGGCUUUGCAGAUGUCCAAGACGAUGAGCGGCUCUUUUCCUGGCGACUCUAUUUGGUGAAGCUGCAGCAUGGCAGACUGUCGUUACUUCGGAAGCGCGGCGAGGCAGACCUGUCCUCAGAUCCGCCCCCCAUCAUUUGGCACUUGAGCGGCCACACCCGCUGCGCCGCCGCUGAGCCACAGACCACCGGGGGAGUGAAGGACUGUUUCAGCGUGGAAGAUCCUGGCCGAGGACAACCGCUGGUUCUCCAUGCACCUGAUGCCACUGCUUUGAGAGAUUGGCUUUCUGAGUUGAAUCAAACCGUGCAGAGCUUGCAAGCAGAGGAAACCAUCGACAAGAUCACCAAGGGUUGGGACCAAGAAGGAGGACGCUGCCGCUGCGCAAAGGUGCCAGAACUGCUUCAUGGUGCCUGGUGUGGCAAUGGUGUUCCCAUCCAGGUCAGCUAUGCAGGUGAAUUGAUGGCAUCAGCGAGCAAUCCUGAACAGCCUGAGAAGCCAGAAGUGAUGUUCUUCGGGGUUCAGGUGCACACUGUGCUUAGCAUUCCUCGCUUCCCGGGAAAAGGUAUCACAGUGACGCCGCGCUUCAUUCUGCGCAAUUCCAGCGCAAGCUUCGUGCAGGUGAUGCCAGGGCUGUUGCCGAAUAAGAACAGUGGAAUUCAAGAACCAGCAGUGUCUAAUCGAGUGGCAGAGAUUGUGGAGGAACAUACAGGCGGGCGAGAUAGAAGUGUCAUGGAUGUCAUGGACUUCAUCGCUGAUCCUAAGAAGGAUGAGGUGGAGGCUGUGUGGGUUCCUCCAGGUGAGAGCUUGGCCAUUUUUCACUUUCCUCUCCACUGCGAGGCCUCUCAGGCGAAGGAUGGCCGCAAAGCGGUGGCCCUUCGACUUCCAGGCCGCGAGCCCUUGCAGCUGAUCUCCGUGGCGGACAAAAGGCCCUUGGGAUUGCAACGGGUUCUUUCUUCAGGAGUGAUUCCCUAUAGGGACCGAUCUAUGCAAACUGGACGCCUUCCUCCUCGAAUGCGGGGUCUGGCGCAGGAAGGUCGGCUGCUGUGCUACCGUUGGUUUUACCUCCAGGACUUUGACAGGGGCGAACUCAUCCUCUCCUCGGACUGUGAAAUUUUCAUUGGGCUUCCACUAUCAGUAGAAGGAGCUACAUGGCUACACGAGGAGCCGUGGAAGCCGAGUGAGGGACUGUACUUGCGUCGUAAGCAGGGCGACCCUGACAUCUUCAUGAAGAUCUUCACCAGGCAAAUGAAGGCUGGGCGAUGCAACUUUGAUGGAGCGGGCAAAGGCUGUGUGAUUUUUUUGGCACAACGCACUGACAAUGACUACGACCUGCACAUGGGGAAGGGUUUGCCCUGGAAAGGUUGGUUUGGACUGAACAACACCCAUGAAGAGGUGGUGGCCCUCUCCAGCGGCACUGCAGGUGGCAUUUACUUCAUGCGCUUGUCCGUGCAGGUGAGAAAUAGCACCGCGUUUAUGAUCCUCAGUGAUGAACCAGCGCCAUAUCGAGUGGAAAAUUGGUCUGAUUCCAGGACAUUGGCCGUUCGCUUUCGAGGCGAUGACUAUUGCGAGAUCCUGCCGCCCUUGUCAUGGUUUGGUUUUGAUUGGCCGGCACAUGCCAAAAGUCAGCAGAAGGAUUGGGUUCUAAUGUUGGAGGACUUGCGGACGGAGAACAAGGCGAUGUACGAGGCGCACAAAUUGGGUCCGGGCGAUGACUUGGAGCUGGAGCCCACAGCGGAGGUCACCGGAGACACAGCGGAACUGACUGAGGCUGGUUUCAAAAAAAUCCUGGUCAAGGAGGACCAAAGGGAGAUGGAACGCUUCACAAGACGCGUCGCGAAGGAUUUGAGUUCGUCCUUUGCACAGCCUUCCCUCCCAUCGGAGCUGUUGCAAGAUGUGGGCACAUUGAGCGAGAUGAGACAGAAGAUGAUUGAGACACGCCUUGUGGAGCCAGACAAGCCCACUCUGACAAAACGCGGCCGCGAACGCGCCAUGCUUUGCCACCAAAUGACAACAAAUUUCGUGAAGUUCUUGUUGCAGUCUGGCGGCUUCAAUGCCAAGGAGAAUCACAUUGCGGCUUUCGUCCACGAGUCCCAUCCUUUGCCCGAUCUGCUGACGCUCUUGGAGAAGUUGCCUGAGGAGCCUUGGGUGAAGAAAGAACGUGAGGCCGGAGAUGCCUUCCAGGACUUGCUUGCCAUGAGUGAUGUGGAGCACACAAGCAAUGUGAUGCACAUGCUCAUCAGGAGGGUCCUGGAAGAUAUGCCUCCUGUCCAUCCCAAGCCCAGCAAGAACGCCGUGCACACAGUGUCCAAGCACUUGGCCGAGACCCUCCGCAACGGCCAGUGGCCUGCCACGGUGCCGCAGUGGACACACUUCACAGAGGAGGUGAGGUUGCACUGCCUUCCAGAAGAGCGGCCACGCGACGAAGCUGCCCCUUUAGAGGCGAGCGAUGAUGAUGCCGAAGAGGAGGAGAGAAAUGCCCGGCCGAGUCACCUCCUCUCAUCAAAAAGCGAUGGAGCACUUGAUGAGACCAUGGUGGGCAAGACGAGUCCUCUCUCACAGGACGGCUUUGUGGCGGUGCAGGCAUUGAACUCCAAGCAGGCCAUGUCUGCCUUCGUGAAACGCAUGUUACAAGAGGAGCGUGGAGAAGUCAACGAUCUAGGCGGCUUUGAUGGCUUCAUCGAAAGCUGCGUGCAUGAUACCAAUUUGACCUUCCGCAGCUUGCAUCAGGACAUUGAACGUGGACCCAGCUGGGCACUUUUCUUGAAGAAGCCUGGAGCACUCCAUGUGGACAGAUGCUUUGAUGGCGUUUCCAGAGUCUUCACGGUGAGGGACCACAAAAUGGAAGAUGGGAACGACAGAUCGUCUACACGCGGGAAGGACAAAGGAUCUUCUGCUCAUUUCGAGUGUUGGGACAUUGAUGUCCAAUUAGCUGGUGCGCAGAUUUGUGUGGUGUUUCAAGCACAGGCCACCAGCCUGGGAUGUGGCUAUGUCAACGAAUUGGAUGAGGAGAUUUUUGCAGUGACGGUGGAUCAUAUACAGCUGCGAAAGAAAGCAAAGGAAAGGAAAAUAAAGUUCGCGGUCCACCAUUUCCAGAUCGACAACUUGCGGGAAGCUGACCGGCAACGACCCAUCAUUGUUUGCCCAGAGGACAGUGGCUAUUACAGCGAUCGACGGGAGACUUUGAAGCACCGGAAAAAUCAGAAGGAGACCAUUCCCUUUCUAUACUUUUGCAUCGAACACGUUCCAAGUGGCAUCUUGCAUUUCAAGGAGUUUGAGCUCAUAAUGCAGCCAGUGAUAACACGCUUGGAUAUGGAGUUCUGGAUCGAAAUUGGGCAGCGACUGCUGGCCUGGAUCUCAACUGCCAACUCCAAUGCAGCUGCUGCAGUCCAAGGUCUUUCCUCGGAAGAUCGUCAGAUCCUGGAGAAUCAGAUUCGCAAUCUGCGGGAAGGAGGUAUAGACGUGCCCUCUGGCAAGACAGCCAAGCGGCCAAUUUACCUGGAGAAGUUCCGUCUAGGAGCCUUGAUCGCACAAGUGGAGUUUCUCAUGCCCAUGAAGAAGACUGCCAAGAUCCUGAAGCAAAGACAGGCUGCAGCAUCUGGAUCUGAUUCAGCGACUACCUUGGAGGAUGCAGAGGAUCAGUUUGAUGCACAGUGGCUCCAGUCCAUGUGGCUUUCGCGUGUGCUGGCUCGCCUAACCUACCGCUCCCACGGUUUGAUGAAGACAAUCCUGACGUUUGCUCAGCGAGUCCUGGUCUUUGUGAUCACCAGUGUUGGAAGUGGUGUACUCACCAGCCUCGGCCAUGUCACACCAAGAUUUGCGUUACCCGAGACUAGGAUUGAGACCGAGUUCACGGACCUUCAUGUGUUCGCCAUGAACCUUUUCCAGACCUACGUCAAGCACGGUAUGUGGGAAUCUUACAAGGUCCUGGGCAGCAUGAAUAUCUUGGGAGAUCCCAUUGGCUGGACCCUUUCGGUUGGAGGUGGCGUGAAGCAGUUCUUCCUAAAGACGGGCAGCGAUGUGAUGACUGGCGAAUUUGAGGGUGAAGGCUUCAAGAGCUUGGUACAAGGAGUUGUCGGAGGGACUGCUGCCCAUGUGGGCAAAUUCUUUGGAGCCCUAGGUGAUACAGUGGAUGCAUUGACGCAAACCGGUGGUCAAAACUACUUGCCUGGCAAUGUGAACCAUGUGGGUGAUGGCGUCAUUGUCGGGACACAGGUCUUCGGACGGCAUGUGGUAUCUGGAGUCACUGGACUAGUUGCAGCCCCCAUCCAUGGCUUUCGAAACAAAGGCUGGCGUGGCCUUGGCGAAGGCUUUCUGAAGGGUGUGCGUGGUGCUGUGGCACAGCCGGUCAGUGGCCUGAUGCAUGGGGCACAACACAUUGCCGAUGGACUGGAUGCAACUACCAGGCUCUUGGAUCACUGGGGACAGAUCUCCGUGCGGCGCAGUGCGAGACAGUUGCAGAACUCACAGCUCCUGCCACUCACCGGGGCGGAGUUCGCGCCACGCAUCACGGUGUGGGUGGAUGCCCUGGAAUUCCUGACCAUGGAAAGUUUCGUGGCCAGCACCUUUGCUACUCUGGGACAGCUGCGGGGUGCCACCUACCGAGUGCUACUGCAAGCAGGAGAUUGGUCCAAAGCCUGCAAGCUGGGCCACCUCGCUCCAAGUGGUGCCAUUCAAUUUGACCAGGCAAAAUGGGUGCCAAUCGAGACACUGCUGGAAUCGGAUUUGGACAUCAUUGUGCAGGACUGUACUCUGCAAGGUCAUCUUGACUAUGACAUGCAGAUUGUCUACAAAGCCAAACUUGAGCGGAAGUUCAUCCUAAACCAGGUAGCCAAAGUUCUCCAAGACCCGGAGGGGCUCGCAAUUUUCAAAGAUUACACCUGUCGUUGGAGACCAAGUCAAAGUUGCUCCGUGCGUCUUGACCCCACGUCGCCACAGUCCCGCCAUCCCACUGCAAAGCUCUUGCUGCGGUUUUGGCCAGCAUGGGACCCUGUGCGCGUGCCAAAGACACAGCAGUGGGUGUCAAACGGUUUGAUUUCAAACUCGAGAAGAGCUCAUCCUGAGCGAAAGGAAGGUUUGCUUCUAAAGAAGUCCAAAGGCCUCCUCCACCACUGGUCCGAGAAGUGGGUGGUCUUGGAGAACCAUGAGUUCAAAUACUGGAGCGAUCGAAAAGACUACGAGCAGCAAGAAGCACCAAAGGCAAUCAGUGGAAGUGCACAGAGUGCAGCAGUUGGCGUCGCAGUCUGUGGUCGGAGAGAUCUCAUCUUUGGAUAG